GAGCAAGUUGUUUAAGUUUGGCUAUAAAAUGAGAGGCUUCACAAAUGAGAAAGUGAAAUUAAACAUGGUGAAGCUGACAAUGGUGGGAAGGGUUAGGGAUGGAGUGCCACUUGCACAAGGCAUUAGGUAUGUCAAUGAAGAGACUGACGAUGUUUUGGGGUACAAACAGCAAGCUGAGUUCAUACUCAAACAGAUCUCUAGAGGGGCUUUGUCAUCUCCAAAAAUGGCCAUUCAAAUGCAUCAUCACUCUUUCAUUUACUUGAUGGAGAACGGAGUGUGUUACAUGACGUUAUGCGAUUCUUUAUACCCAAGAAAGCUGGCUAUCCAUUACUUGCAAGAUCUGCAAAGGGAGUUUUCCAAGUUUGAUGAUGCCCUACUAAACAGCCUUGUCAAACCCUAUAGUUACCCCAAAUUUGAUAAUAUUAUUAGCAAUAUUAGGAAGCGAUAUAUUGAUACAAGAACACAAGCCAAUCUAUACAAGCUCAAUGAUAACCGUGGUCAAAUUGAUCUAGACAUGAUCACUUGUUCGUUCUCUGAAAUUUUUGAAAGAAGGAGAAAGAUAACGGAUACGAUGGAAAGAUCAAUUUGUAAUGCAAAUUCCUCUUCCAUUUGGAGCUAUUCGUUUCUGAAGGAAAUUGGCUUGAAAUGGACGCCAAUGGUUGUAACGUUUGGUGCAGUGCUUGUGCUUUUAUGGGCUUCCUUUCUUCUCUUCGACAUCUCAUUAGCUCAUCAUAAUCAAUUUGUAAUUCUAUAUAACAAUAGAAAAUUGUUUCACUAAUUUUAAUUAA